UGCCUCAUCCUCAUCCCUUCAUCAAUUUCUAUGAACUGAAACACUGGUCCCACACGGCAUUUCAUACUAUCUCAACAAUUAGCGAACUCCCAAAUAAGCAAAAGAUACUAACAAUUCCGACCCAUUCCGAUCAUAUAUAUCACUCUUAGAUCUCCUUUUCUCUCAACCCCAUCAAAAUAGAAACACACACACAUAUAUCUUCCUCUCUCUCCAUGAAUCUUUUUCUCAAUUCUCAUUAAUAUCUUUCUCUUUCAUAUUGAUGAUUUAUGCAUAAGAUGUAAUUUGAGAUGAGAUGAUCCGUUAGAACCAAAGCUUAUGAAAGAGGCCAUGGAGUUUGAGAGGAUGAGGCAAUUAUUGCUCCUAUGGUGUAGAAUCCAAAGCACCCGUGUGGCCCUCGUGGGAGGCAACCACACUGCCGCCAGGUUUUGCACACGCUAGAAUCCAUUUCCCUCUUAACCGUUUUGUCUAUCUCUCUCUCUUUGUUCUUUCUUUGCCCAAUUAGCAAAUCAAGUUGUUUUUUGUUCACAAAGAUCCGAUCUUGUUAUUUUAUAAGAACACCCUUUUGUUUGUUUUUGGAGAAUUCGAGCACAAAAAAGAUGAAGCAUUUGCAUGGUGGAAGAAUGGGUUUGAAUUCCAAUACCCUUUGGGUCAUUAGGCUUCCUCAUUCAAUGGUUUUGUGCAUUCUAUCAAGGUCACUGUUUUUGGCUUUGGUUAUUAUUCUCACAUUGCCUUGUAUUUUCAGAGGUCCUGAAUCUAACAAUGGUUCAGAGGACUUGAAUUUGCUUUUCCGAGAUCUGGCUAGUGAAGACCUUUUAAGAAAGGGAGAUAAAGCUCUCAUUUUGAGCUCCGGAAUUGUGAGAAUGGUUCAUCAUUACAAUGCGAGUUAUGUGAUGGAUUCUGAUUUGGAGGGACAAAGGUCCAUCCCAGAUGAGACAUUUGAUUUUGUGUUCACAUUCACAUCAUCAAGUUUUGGGGACACUCUUAAAGUUGUGAAUCGUGUUAUGAAGAUUGGAGGCAUUUUGGCCAUUCUAUUGAACAAUAAACCCCCCAGUCCAAAUGGGUUUCGAAAACAAUCUAAUUAUAGGAUUUUGCACUCUUGGCGCUAUAAUAAUUCAACCAUCAUGGUAUUCAGGAAAGUUAUUCCUUUCAAUGAACAGCGGCAACUUUGCAAGUCAAAUGCAAUGAACUUCAUACAAGGGGGGCUUGAAGGAGUGUUGCUAGAGCCACCUAGAAGGACUCGAUGGAGAUCAACUCGGUACAAGAAGAAAAUCAAGUUCCUUCCUGACUUGUUGGGUGAUAAUUUGGAAAGUUAUAAGCGGAGAGUUUUCAUUGUUGUGGGUUUGCCUGAGAAGAAUGUGGCUUUUAUUGAAUGGUUUCAGCAGAAUUAUCCUAAGAGGAACCAAGAUUUUGAGGUUUACAAUUUUGUGCUGGUGCCUAAUAAAGAAGAUCCUCCUCGGCUGCGUGUUGAUUUUUCGGAUUGGUUAAUGAAUAAUGUGACGGAAGAAGUGUUUGUUGUGAUGAAGGCAGACGCAGAAGUGGUGGAGAAGAUGAUAAAGAGAAGGACAAUCUGUUUGGUGGAUGAAUUGUUUUUGGAGUGUAAGAACCACUGGUGGCGGCAGAAUAGGGAGAGAUAUAAAAGCAAGAGGCCUUAUUGGGAGUGUGUGGCUUUGUAUGGAAGGCUUUUGGAUGAGGGAGUUGCUGUACACCAAUGGUGGGGGGUUAGAGACUUAAGAAUUUAAGUGUGGGAGAUGAGAUUGAUAAGCCUUAAUAGCAAGGUCUGACAAUGGUUUAUUAGAUAAUAUAAGAAUAAGAGUUCAUGGGUGAUUGGGUUAUUGUUCUUUAUUGUGUUUGAUAUAUCAUAUACUUAUUAGUAUAUUUUAUUCAGUGUCAAGUGUGAGUCUGUGAGUUCGCAUGAGGUUUCUAUGGAGUGUUUUGACUCUUGUUGAGUUCUCUUUA